UUGCUGUGGCGUUGGUGACGUCACGGGACUGGACGCCACGCCGGAAGGAGGUCCGAGCCCGGUUGGCCGCCGCCGCCGGAAGUGAGCCGCUCCUCCGGCGUUGUUGUCGCCGAAGCGAACUGAAGAGGCGAAAUCCCAAUGGUGACAACAUGAAGAUGGAAUCUGCCGUGAAGCAGUGUUUGCUGCCCAGAGCCCAGAGAGGAGAGAAACCACACGGCGCGGACGGAGGACGGGAUGAACGUGAGUUGGAGCCGGUGGGUGAGGAGGACUCUCCUGAAGAGGACACCGAUGGAGGGGGUCCCAACAUCCGCAUCAAGGAGGAACCGCUUCCGCAGGACAUCAGUGGGGGGCACACUGGAGACCCGCCCGGCUGUUCAGACACCAACCCAGACUCCCAUACGCUCAGGGCAGAUGUGGACCAGCUGCAGGGAGGCGUGAAGGAGGAGUGUGACUCCGACCAGCGACCCGGUCCUCGGGUGACGGAGGCGGCCGUGAAGGAGGAGUGUGACUCCGACCAGCGGCCCGGUCCUCAGGUGACGGAGGCGGCCGUGAAGGAGGAGUGUGACUCCGACCAACGACCCGGUCCUCAGGUGACGGAGGCGGCCGUGAAGGAGGAGUGUGAGUCGUGGAUUAAAGAAGAGCCGGACGAGCAGGAGGCAACGGGCACCUCUGAAGGAGAUCAUGGAGAGGAGGUCUGCACAGAGUCGUCAUGUGACUUCUAUCCGUGUCCUCACUGCACGGUCUCCUUUACUGACCUGGACUUCUUGGAAAAGCACGUCAAGUGGGUCCAUCAGAAACAGUAUCUUGCCAAUCUGAAAAAAUGCCUUGCGAGCAGCACACUUCUGAUCCCCAAACACACGUGCGCCGUCUGCAGCGGCACCUUCAAAUCCAAAGUCCACAGAGGGUGCACGCCCGCGAAGCCCACCCGGCCGCCCCCCCGCAGACUGCACCCCUGCCCGACCUGCGCGCGCAGCUUCCAGUACCUGAAGAACCUGAAGAAUCACUGCCAGCGCUGGCACAGCAUGUCCGUGGUCACCGCGGGGGGGCACCUCAGCUGCGCCGACUGCGGGAAGAGCUUCAAAUCCACCUGGGGCCAGGGGCCUCACUUGUGUCACGAGGCGGCCAACGCGGAGUCCGAGGACCAGCCGAUCUGCCUGGACGUUGGCGUGCAGUGCCAGGAGUGUGGCAAGAAGAUGGGCACCCCGCAGAGCCUGCAGGACCACAUGCGCACCCACACGGGCGACCGGCCCUUCGCCUGCAGGGACUGCGGCCGGAGGUUCGUGGAGCGCAGCGGCUGGCGGCAGCACGUGAAAAUACACACGGGGGAGAAGCCCUUCAAAUGUCAGGUGUGCGGCAAGGCCUUUCUGAGAUCGCACCACCUCAAGUGCCACCUGACCACGCACUCGGGCAAGAAGGAGUAUUCCUGCGCCGAGUGCGGGAAGGAGUUCGGGUUCAAGUCCAGUCUGGAUCUCCACCUGCGGACUCACUCCGGUGAGAAGCCCUUCCCCUGCGGCGUGUGCGGGAAGAACUUUAACACCCAGAGGAACCUGAGGGUGCACAGCAAGCUGCACACCACGGAGAAGGCUCACCAGUGCGGGGAGUGCGGGCUGAAGAUCGGAGAUCUCGGGGCUUUGAAGAUCCACCUGCGGACCCACACGGGGGAAAGGCCUUACCACUGCACGGUCUGCGGCAACAGGUUCAUCCGCCUGGCGCACCUGCGAAACCACCAGCGCACCCACACCGGGGAGAAACCCUACAAGUGCGGCGACUGCGACAAGAGCUUCACCCAGUCGGGCGACCUGGUGAAGCACAAGAGGGUCCACUCGGGGGAAAAGCCCUACGAAUGCCCCGACUGCCACAACCGCUACACCUCCUCCGGGGAUCUGGGCAAGCACAGGAGGAGCCACAGCGACCUGCGGCCCUACGCCUGCCCGCAGUGCGGGAAAGGCUUCCGCUUGUCGGGCCAUUUGAAAACGCACAUGCUGACGCACACGGGGGAGAAGCCGUAUUCCUGCCCCAACUGCCUCCGCAGGUUCGCCCGCUCCCACCACCUCUCUGGUCACAUGGCCAAAUGUCGCUGAGCGCCGGUGAGAGAGCCGUAUAUAAAGGGUGGAUGCCGCCGCGCAACGGGCGCUAUAACGAAUGUACCAACCGGCAUCUGUUUGUGAUUAUUUAAUGUUAGCAUUUCUCCUCCUGCACAAUGAAAUAUGUAAUAAUUUAUUUGCUGAAUGCAUGAGCUCUGUGUGUGCUUGGUGGCCGAAGAUUUUUUUUUUUUAAAUUUAAUUUCCCAUUAAAUGGUGAAUUGUGAUUCCUUCCCAUUAAACGUCUGACACUCUUCA